AUGAAAAGUUCCCUUCUCUUCGUUUUGUUAUUCGCUCUCAUUGCGUUCCAAUGUUUUUCCUCUUCCGGAAUUGAAUCAGUGAAUGCUUCUCUCAAGCCGCAAUCUCGAAUGCGUGGAGUGAAAGAAUUGACUUCUCGUAAUUUUAAUUCGUAUAUUCAAAGACAUAAAUAUGUUCUUGUUGAAUUUUAUGCUCCAUGGUGUCCACAUUCAAUUGAAAAUUCUCGCAACAUCAAACGUCUCGGAAGAAAACUUUUAGGUUCUCGAAAAUUCAAAGUUGCCAAGAUUAAUGGUUAUCGAUACAAUUCCAUUGCCAAACAAGUGAGUUUAGAUGGAUUUCCAACUGUUUAUCUUUUUGUGAAUGGAAAGAAAGUUGAAUAUAAGGGUUAUUCAUUGGCUCCUCGUAAGGUGAUCAAAUGGGCUCGUAAACAAGUGAAACAAUAA